ACAUAGAACGAAUGGUGCGCGGGAAUAUAGCACGUGCGGUGUCGUGACACGAUGAGGUGAUAAACCGUGUUGUGCAGAGCGCGGUAUCUUGGAGCGACUUUGGAAGGUGACGAUGUGGGCGAUUUUUUUGCUGUUGGUCUCCACGUGGUCUUCGUCAUGGGGUCAAGUGAUAAACAGGGCGCCCCAUUUCAUUCAAGGUGGAGACAUGGCCAGGUUGGCUGUGUCAGAGGGUGCACCACCCGGUGCUCCCGUUUAUACUCUCCGGGGGGAGGAUCCUGAAGAAUCCAGAUUGCAUUACUCUAUUAGCGGCGAAUACUUCACCGUGAACAGGGAGACUGGAGUAGUGACCCUGAGGAAAGCCUUAGACAGAGAAGUACAAGACCUCAUCGAAGUCAUUAUUAGCAUAACAGAUGAAGGUGUCGCCGGGUCGGAACCUAAUACGGUGUCCCUUCGUCGCGAAAUAGCGGUGCUCGACGAAAACGAUAAUCCACCGGUUUAUCACGGCCGGCCGUAUGCAGCCAGAGUGCUGGAAAGUGCGCACGUGGGUGACCUGUUACUUCCUUCGGGCACGAUCAUGAUCACGGAUCGCGACGGUGGUGUGAACGCCGAUGUUCACGUGCAAUGCGUCUCGGCGUCGCGCGACGACGACGUCUGCGAGGUCUUCAACGUCUCCACGGAGAAGCUCGCUGAAGGGAAAUACGACGUGCAAAUCACGUUAGCGAAACCGUUAGAUUAUGAGAGGAGAAAUUCGUAUUUGAUUAAUUUGCUGGCUGUCGACGGAGCGAAUGAUCCGUCGAAGAGAUUGCAGGCCAGAGCGACCGUUGCUGUUGAUGUCCUCGAUGUUCAGGAUCAGCCACCUAUCUUCCUGAAUGCGCCUUACAGCGCGGCGCUUCCGGAAAACACAGCAGCUAGUCACACGGUUUUGAUAGUACGAGCACGUGACGGUGACACCGGUCAAUCGAGAAAUCUGUUGCUGACGCUGGAGGACGACGACGCGGGUCACUUCGAUCUCGAGAUGUCCCGUGAUGGUGAUGUCACGGUUGGCAGACUGGUCACGACCAACAUAUCACUCGAUCGCGAGGAUCCCAGGAUCCUGCAGAACGGCGGUAUUUACACCUUCCAAGUUAGAGCCACCGAGCUGAUCAACAAUGAAAUACCAGCCGACACCGCGACGUCGAUCGUCACAAUCGUCGUCACAGACGUGGACGACCUCGUGCCUACUUUCAACGAGGAUUAUUUCAGCAUCAAGAUCUCCGAGGAUAUUGGAAAGGACACUCCUCUACCAGGUCUGAAUAUGAUUGUGAGCGAUGGCGACGUGGGCGACAAUGCCAAGUAUUUCCUGGCGUUGCGAGAUGUGCCGCGAUACCCUGGAAUCAGCAAAGCAUUCAUUGUUAGUCCCGAAGAGGCUCAGGGUCGAGUACCGGUAGUGAUCAAGGCUAAGGAUGUCAAUGUUCUCGAUUACGAUGUUGAUGAUCCUGCAAAGAGAGAAAUUGAGUUCGACGUCAUCGCGACUGUAGCGAGCGAAGUGGUAGCCACUUGCAGAGUGCACAUCCAGCUAUUAGACGCCAACGAUCACAGCCCCGAAUUCUCUCGGUCGGUGUACAAACUGUCGGUCCCGGAAGACGCUGAACCCGGCACUCGUUUCGGUGACGUUUAUGCGAAAGACUACGACAGCGGUUCUUUCGGCAAAUUAACGUACACCCUGCGUGGUUUCGGCGCGGACAAAUUCAAGACCGAUUCCCAGAUGGGCGGGAUAUUCGUGGCGAACAAAUUGGACUACGAAGCGCAGAAGUCUUAUUCCUUGACGAUGGAGGCGACGGACGGCGGCGGUCGAGUGUCCGCCGUUAAUAUUCUUAUUGAGCUCGACGACGUUAAUGACAACAAGCCGACGUUUGAACAGCCGGAGUAUUCUAGGACCGUUCGCGAAGGUGCUACCAGCUUUGAUCCGCAAAUGUUCGUCAGGGCGACCGACGUUGACGGACCUAUGCAGGGCAAUGGGAAAGUCGUGUAUUCGAUUAGCCGGCAUAAUAGUAUGACAGAUGACGUUUUCAAGAUUAAUCCGGACUCAGGCGAGGUAACUAUGUCGAAACCGGUUCGUUCUGGCGACACUGAAAGGGGCAUUUACGAAUUAAUGAUUCGCGCGACUGAUACCGGCACACCGCCAUUAUAUUCCGAGGCGAAGCUUUUCGUUCGCGUCGGUGUUCCCGGAAACCAGAAGCCUAUCUUCCGAGGAAACUACAAGUCGAACUUGCCAGGUCCUAAUGCUUAUCGUGCAAGGCUCUUGGAAAACGCAUCUCCCGGAACGGAAGUCAUUCGAGUAGUCGCUAACGAUCCCGACGGAAGAGAUAAUUUGCUGCAGUAUUAUAUCGCGUCCGGUUCCAAGGAUAAUUUCGUUAUCGAUUCCAGUUCUGGCAUCAUAACUGUCUCACCUGACGCUCGCUUGGAUCUGGAGACUGGCGGUGAAAAAUACGAGGUGAUUGUGUACGCCGUUGAUUCAGGUACACCUGUCAGAGAGACUGCCACCACUACCGUCACCGUGAACAUCAUAGAUGUAAAUAAUAAACCGCCGACAUUCAAUGAAUCAACGUGCACCGUUCAUGUUUCGGAACGCGCAGCCAUCGGUGAAGUUGUAUUGAGGGCGGUAGCAAAUGAUCCCGACGCAGACGCAUAUUUGGAAUAUUCUCUGGUAGAACCGAUACGGGCUGUCGACAAGACCGGCGUAGCCUUGAAGAGCACUGCCUCUUACGAUUACAAAACGGCGUUUCGAAUAAAUUCUACGACCGGUGUAAUUACUGUUAACCGAAUGCUAGAUUAUCAAGUGGCCGCUGUCAUAAUACUUACGGUGCAGGCGAAGGAUUUGAAUGCCGUCGUCGACAAGGAUAAACAGAUAGCCAAAAUGGAGGUGAUAAUUUACAUACAAGCUUACAGCGAUGACAAUCCGACGUUCACCAAUUCCGGAUGGUCACCAAAUAAUCCGACGAUAAAAAUCACGGUUCCGGAAGAACAACCCUUGGGUACGACGUUGUUAAUGUUGUCGGCGAAAGAGCCGACGACAGGAUAUUCGGUUCAAAGGUUCGAAUUGGUGAGAGAGGACGAUGACGAAGGCUACGUUAAUGUGGGUGUUCAGAGCGGUAAUGUGGUGCUAAGCAAGAGGCUGGAUUACGAAGUGCUGAAUCAGAAGUUUAUUCGCUUUAAAGUACGAGCGCUUGCCAGAGAUUACGAUAUAACGCGAAAGAUGUCGGAGGCCAACGUAAUCGUCGAAGUUCACGAUAUCAACGACAACAGUCCCGUGUUUGGACAAAAGGAUUACAAGAUCUCUGUAUUGGAGUCAGCAAAACCUUCGAAAAUUGUGUUGAACGUGCAGGCAUUGGAUAUGGAUAGCUCUAAAACUGAACAAGAAGUCCAAAGAGGAUAUGGUGAAGUGAGAUACUCUUUAACAGGCGAGAACGCCAAUCUUUUUGAAGUGGAUCCCAUAAUGGGCAAUAUCCAGAUCGCCGCAAACACGACUCUCGACAGGGAGAGACAAUCGGUGUUGCGUUUUUAUGUCGUGGCAUCAGACAUGCCUCAAGGUGGAGCCGAGCAACGAAGUAGUCGAGCCUUGGUGACGAUCGAUGUCCUCGAUGUUAAUGAUAACGCUCCUAGCUUCGAACAGGAAUCUUACACAGCGGUGAUUCCGGAGAACGCACCGGUGGGAAUCAGCGUGGUGAACACCACGGCUACCGAUCCGGACGAAGGUGAAGGCGGGACGAUCCACUUCGAGAUCAUCGACGAAGGCGAAGCUAAUGGAUUAUUUAAAAUAAAUCAUACAACGGGCGAGAUUUACUCGGCACGAGCAUUGACGGGCAAAGGCAGAACCGAGCCAUACAAUAUGCGAGUGCGAGCACAAGACGGCGGCGAGCCAACUCUGUACUCGGACGUGAGCCUUACCUUGUACAUCGGCGAUGUGGUGAGCAACGACGGCGUACCUCUAUUUAUCAGACCAACAUUGGAGGAGGUAGCCUACAUCGCGGAGAACUCCACCGUUGGUAGUCCCGUGUUCCAAGUGGUGGCGUCCGAUCCCGACGAUCCAAAUUUGCCGAACGGCAGAAUAACCUUCCGUUUCCUGGAGGAUGGUAAUUUUGGCAAGGAUGCGAGCGCGUUCAGAAUUAACAGCGACACCGGUUUGAUUAGCACGCGAAAGUUACUCGAUCGAGAAACCAAAGACAGCUAUACGUUGAUCUUGGUAGCGCAAGAUCUCGGCGAGCCGCCUCAACAGGCGACCAGGGUGCUCCAGGUGAUCGUAAACGACAUCGACGAUCACAAACCGCAUUUCAAACGCAACCUGGAUAGUCCGCCGAUUGAGCUGAACGUCCUGGAAGAAGAGCCGGUGGGUUCCAAAGUCGGCGUGAUCGAAGCGGUCGAUGAAGAUAUCGGUGAGAACGGAAUGAUCGGCUAUGAAAUCGUGUAUGGGAACGAGGCGGGGUUGUUCGUGGUGGAACGCCUGGAAAAUAAUUCCGCGAUCAUCAAAUCGAAUGGACGUCUUGAUCGGGAAACCGCCGAGUUUCAUUUAUUGACGGUGAAGUGUUUCAAAUACUCUUCCAAAAAGUCAGACACAGUACCGAAACCGUACAAUAGACAGGACCCAUCGGAGAGGCAGGUACUCGUCCGGGUCCUGGACAUCGACGACAAUAAACCGCGUUUCAAGAAGGACAACGUGACUCUGGGGGUUCGCUUGAACGUGCCAAUCGACACCAGCUUAAUCACCCUAGAGGCCUAUGAUGCCGACUCCAGCGCGUUGUCCAUCAAUUACAACAUGAGCAAGGUGUCUUUCACGUCUCUGGUUGAUCCCUCCAUGUCACAGAAGGAAAUACCGUCGCAAUUGUCAUUGAAUGCGCGCACUGGCGAGCUCAGGACGACGGGUUCCAUGGCGGGAUACGCGGACGGCUUUAUGGAGAUGAUUGUAUCGGCGAACAACUCGGUGACGCCGGGAGGCGAGACUAAUAUUACUGUGAGGAUCUUCCUGUUGCGCGACCGCGACAUGCUGAAGUUCGUGUUCUCGAAGCCGCCGGUCGAAGUCAGGAAGACGUUGGAGGACUUCGAAAGAGCGGUUCAACAGGCUCUUUCGCUGCCGAUCAGUGUCAAUGUCUACGACACGCAGUUCUACUCGAAGGAGGAUAACUCCCUGGACUUUUCUUCGACCAGUUCGUGCUUCCAGAUGGUCGGCAAGGAGUCCUACGACCUGGACGAGAUGCGAUCGUUGCUGACUGACCCGAGGAAUAAAGAACUGAAAAAAGUGUAUAAGACAUAUCAUGUAGAGAAAGUGCAGCAUUGUGCAGCCGUGGUAGCCCGCGCUGAUGCCUCCAUGACGCAGAUAUGGGUCUUGGCCAUCGCGGUCCUCGUCGGAAUCGCUACCAUAGUCUCCAGCUGUACAUUGUGUUGCAUGCAUGCCAGGUAUAAACGACAAGUGAAACACGCGCGUUUGCGCGAUCAACCGCGACCACCUCUCAGUUACGUGUCUUCCGGGCCAGCUAUGGUCAGUUCUGGAUCUCAUACAACGUUGGGUCCUGGCACGAUGGUCACGCUGGGCCCACAUGAGGGCCCGUACGAAUGGGGCGCCGACACGACGCUUUACCAUCCGAGUACGCUGGGUUCGAGAACGUAGAGAAGCGUUUGGAAGAAAAAAAUCGAUGGUGCUAUACUCGCAAAUGUAAAAAGUAUUUGUACGAUUGUAAGACACACACAUGUAACGAAGCACAUGAUUUGUAAAAUUUUACGAUGUGUUAUCCUUAAGUAACUUUAAGAUUAGAAGAAGAUAUUAUAAUUAUACAAACAUAGUAUAAGUAUCAAUGUACAACUGUAAACUUUAGACGAAUUUAGAGUUGUAUAUUUUACUCGUACUAUGCUUGUGAUAUUGUUAAGAAGCUUCAAGUGCGUUCUCUGUUGUAAUAUAAUAUGUAAGACAAAAUAAAGUUGUACAUUUUAUAUA